AUGAAACUCUUAUCCGCCUCCGCAGUUGUGACCACCGUCGCCCUCGUCUGUUGGACCGACAGCAAGCUGGAUCAAUGGGAAGCAAAACAACAAGACAUGGCAGUGAAUUUGCUUUCUGCUGCAGCAGCUGGAACAUCUGCGUACGAUCCGUUGCAACAAUGGGACGAUCUUCCACCAAGUGUCCAACAAUAUCUGAGUCAUGUGGUGCCCAUCAGCACCCUAGAACAAACUGCUGCCAAAGCUCUUUCUCUCCAUCAAGAAGGAGAAUUUCUCAUAAAGAAGGAUCAAUACGUCCCCUUUACUGCUACGGAAGUAUUUGCGGUGAGUCCACCAGGAUUUUCUUGGGAAGGCAAAAUUGCCAUGGCGUCGUUUGCCCCAUAUUGGUUUCCCAAACUUUUUGUCAGCGAUUCUUGGGUGGAGGGAUCAGGCCACUUCCAGGCCGCGGUUCAAGCCAUUUUGCCCAUGAUUUGCUUGGAUACUAGUGGUGCUGGUGGUGGCGAAAGUGUUUCAUUUGAUGAUCAAAUGGCUUUGGGACAAGCUACUCGUUGGCUAGCGGAUGCCGUCCUACUUCCUUCCAGUCUACAUCCGAAUGCUGGAAUGGCCACGUGGAAGGCCGUCGACGAUGAUGUACCUGGAAAAGCCAUUCUCGAAUUGCCCCUUGCCAACAUUCGUGGUUUGCAAUUGGAAGUCACCUUUGAUAAUGACUCCGGACUAUUGACCGAAGCGACAGCUCAAAAGCCAUAUUUGCUAUCCAACAAGAGCGACUUUGAAAUAAAAACGUGGCAGGUGAAUUUCAUGGACUAUGAACGACAAGCGAAUGGAAUGAUGGUUCCAAUGAAGAUGGAAUCGGGAUGGAUCAAUGGCGAAGGAGACUUUGAGGCCCAUUACAAGAUUGAGAAUCGUUCGCUGCAAUAUCAUUUUGGUGCUGCUCAAGAACCAAUUGUAGAGAUUGCGUAG